UUUCAGUGUGUUUCCAGCAUGUACAGGAACUGAGAGUAAGAGAGAACACCAAGGGAGGAGAUUGGAAGUCAAAGCUGUUUGGCAAGCCCAGUCUCUGCAGUUUAAUUCAUUAUACUUUGAACUAACUCUUAAGGUAGAACUGGGAAAGCUGAGGGCUCACACAAAUAAAAGUGCUGGUUCCAAUGAAAAAGUCUACAAUGUCAAUGGCACUGGAAACCCAGGCAUCACCUGAGACUAAGCAGGACUAUCUUACCACGUCCACCAACUACUCUGCCAUUCUGAGCAGAAAUGAAGCUGUUAAAGAUGCCAAGAGGCUGAAGAACUUCUUGGAAUUGCGUGACAAAUAUGUGAGAAAGAAGGUGCUGUUUGAGGACCCUCUGUUCCCAACAAAUGACUCCUCUCUUUCCCCUACUUGCAAAUUCCCACUCAAAAUUGAGUGGAAGCGCCCAUCGGAAAUUUGUGACAACCCCCAGUUCAUCAUUGAUGGAGCCAAUAGGAUAGACAUCUGUCAAGGAGACCUUGGUGACUGCUGGCUGCUGGCCGCCAUUGCAUGCCUGACACUAAAUGAGAAGUUGUUGUAUAGAGUUAUCCCUCCAGACCAGAACUUUACAGAGAACUACGCUGGCAUCUUUCAUUUCCAGUUCUGGAGGUAUGGGGAAUGGGUAGAUGUGGUGGUGGAUGACCGUAUCCCCACCUGUAGAAACAAGUUGAUGUUCACCAAGUCUGGCAGGAAGAAUGAGUUCUGGAGUGCCCUGCUGGAGAAGGCCUAUGCCAAAUUGAAUGGCUCCUAUGAGGCCCUGAAAGGAGGGAACUCCCUGGAGGCUAUGGAGGACUUCACCGGGGGAGUGACUGAGUUCUUUGACAUGUCUGAGGCUCCCAAAGACCUCUACACGGUCCUGAGGAAAGCUCUGGACAGAGGUUCUCUCCUGGGUUGCGCCAUAGAUGUCCAGCCACAGGAAUAUGAAAGUAAAACCAAAACUGGGCUGGUCAAAGGUCAUGCCUAUUCUAUCACAGCUUUGGAGGAGUGUAACAAGGUGACAAAGAACACCAUGGUUCGUCUGAUACAAUUAAGGAAUCCUUGGGGUGUGGUCCUAUGGAAUGGGCCGUGGAGCGCAAAAUGACUGGUCCAGCAUUUCCAGAGCAGACAAAGACAAGCUGAAGAAGCAGACUGCGGAAGACAGCGAGUUUUGGAUGUCCUUUGAAGAUU